AAGUAUUGUAAACUGCUGCAGCCGGUGACGCCAUCGACAUAAUUCAACAGACGGUGUGAAGGUUGUUCGCCAUCGCUUACGUCUUACGUCGUCGUUGGCAGUGAACGGAACGAAGUGUCGUCGUAUAGAUCGCUCGCUGGCUGGCUGGCUGAAAAUAGUGAACCAAAGUAUGAGUUUUCGAAAUAUGUUCGAAUAAAAAGUGUGUAGUGAGUGACUGUCAUCCAGCAAGAUGGUUGAUGACGUGAAAGAUAUUACCGAAACCGCUGAAAGUAAAGCGUCUCAAGAAGCCCUAGACCGAGCGAGAUUAGCCCGCGAGCGUCGCGAGGCAGAACAAAGGAAACGCCUGGACGAGUUGCGCGCACACGCAGCCGCGGCGCAGGCGCAGCGCGAGAAGAGGGACGAGGACCGCCGCCGGAGACAGGCUGAGCAACGCGCUAAGGAUGAUGAAAGGCGUGUACAGGUAUGUACAUGAAACCAUACUCAUUUGUGCUAGGAAAUCAGGCUUCCCGAUUAUGACCCAUGCCCGUCCGUCAAUUGAAAGAAAGGAAAUUUC